GUGUAAGGAGACGGUCUGGAAGAAGAGCGCGGCGGAGGCCACCGCCGACGGAUCUGAGCGUGCGCCAGGCGAUGGCCAGGACAAGUCGGCCGCCAUGGACGGCUUCGCGAUCCUCCCCGAGCUCGAGCUUGUAGAUGUCUCCCCCACCUACUGGGGCAACUUGGUGCGCGGACCGGUGGCGAAGAUCAGGGAGUUCAUCGGCAUGGCAGGCGGCCUCCUGGAUCAUUCAGGUCAGCACUGGCCCAAGAGCGCAGCGGACCCCAACGGCUUCGACUGCCUCCAGGACUGCUACAAGCGCGCCUUGCGCAAGCAGACGGGCAUCACGACGAAACUGAGGCAAAUCGAGAACACCAUCUCCCAGCAGCUGGACUCGUUCGCAGACGACGCCUCGCUUCACGGCAAGAAGAGCGAGCUCGCGGAGCUCGAGAUCGA